AGCUGUUACUGGAUGUGAUACGUCAUUGACUCUGUGCGCCGCAACUUCCUGAACCACAGGGGAUACUAGGUGAAUAAACAUGGCUGGUCACAGACUGGUCCUGGUGCUCGGAGAUCUCCACAUCCCCCACCGCUGUAAUACGCUGCCAGCCAAGUUCAAGAAGCUGCUGGUUCCGGGCAAGAUCCAGCACAUCCUCUGUACUGGGAACCUGUGCACCAAGGAGAGCUACGACUACCUGAAGACCCUGGCGGGUGACGUGCACAUCGUCCGCGGCGACUUUGAUGAGAACCUGAACUACCCUGAACAGAAGGUGGUGACAGUGGGCCAGUUCAAGAUUGGCCUGAUCCACGGGCAUCAGGUGAUCCCUUGGGGUGACAUGGCCAGCCUGGCCUUGCUCCAGCGGCAGCUGGACGUGGACAUCCUCAUCUCGGGUCACACGCAUAAGUUCGAAGCCUUUGAGAACGAGAACAAAUUCUACAUUAACCCCGGCUCAGCCACGGGGGCCUACAGUGCACUGGAGAGCAAUAUAAUCCCAUCCUUCGUUUUAAUGGACAUCCAGGCCUCCACGGUCGUCACAUAUGUAUACCAGCUCAUCGGAGACGACGUGAAGGUGGAGAGGAUCGAAUACAAGAAGUCCUAAAAGCUGCAGUGGCGGGGGGGGGGGGGGG